GCCAGCGGGCGCAGGCGGGACGAGCGGCCCGCGGCCGGACCCAGCCAGGGCACCACGCUGCCCGGCCCUGAGCCGGCAGGCACCUCUUGUUGGGGAUACUGGGGACGCCACAGGAAAGUCAAUCUUUGCCGUUUUUUCUAGAACCGCGUUGGAACUUCGAUUUUGAUUUUUGUGUGUGGGAUUUUUUGUUGUUGUUGUUUUUGCGUUUUCCUACUUUUGAAUGAACCGGUUUCUUGGCUGGAUGGUUCCAUUUCUUUCCUGGGUGUGAACUUUUCUCCGGUUGUGUCCUUUGACAACAGCGGGAGAGAGUGCGCCGGGCUUCGUGGCGAGUGGUGAAGUGGCGCGUGUGCGUGGCAGGGUGUGCGUGCUUGUGUAACUCGAGCCGUCCCGUCUGUUGAGAUCUGCGCUGCGGAGCGUUUCUCGCCAGGGCCCGCUCCACCUGCUGCGGUUCCGCGGUGAGUGUGGGUAAAUUGGCGCGUCCGGGCAGUUCACCCGGCCGGCGCUGGGGCGACGUUGAAGGAAGCUCGUCUCGCUACUGCCCAAGUCGGGGCUGACUCACCGGAGUCGAUGUAGACGGCGGCUGGCUUCCGAAGAGUGCGUGCCUGCGUGCGUCUGACUCCGCUGCAGCUCACCUCCCACCAAACCACAGGAUCAGCCACAAACUUAACCAACAUCCCCAAACCCGAGUUCUCAGAUGUGGAGAGCUGAACCCUGAGUGUCAUCGACUUGGAUUUUUUUUUUUUUUAAGAUCAGCUUUUUCUUUGAUAAAGCUUGAUUUUCUGAACUGAGCAUUUUGCCAGAAUGUAUUGAAAACAUGACAAGUCCUUCUCGCCCAGCCCUUCUUCAACUACUGAAGCCGAUUCUCAAAGCUACUUAGAGAGAGAAAAAAAAAAAAAACCUGCAGCGAACAUUAAUGGGUUUCUGUUGUGUUUAAAUUCUCUACAGAUUGUAUUGUAAAUAUUUUAUAAAGUAGAGCAUAUGUAUAUGUUUAUAUAUAUGUGCACAUACAUUAGAAGCAGGACCUUUUGGAAGUCUCAGCUCUCGCUUUUGAGGACCGAAGCCAGUUUUGCAUGAAUAAAAAGUGGCGCCGUAUUUGAAAACACUCGUAUAUUUUCUGUUGUGUUUGGACUUUAGACAAAACUCACCUGGGGGGAAAAAAAAAAGAAGAACUGACAGGCAAUUAACUACUGGAACUUCCAAAUCCUGUAUUUGCUGGUCCUUCUGCUCUUCGCAUAAACAGUUUAGGAAGUGUAUGGGGAUUUUUACCUCCGGGUACUUCUGUAACAGCCAAAGACUGAAACUUCAAACUCUCAAAGCAAGACUCAGAAGAUAGGGUCCCUUGGCACUUGACUUUGGAUUCUGGUCGCCCACUUUUUAAAGCACUAAGCGGUCGGUGCCCGGGUCUGAGCGGAGGCCGAUCGUCAGAACUAGAACUUUUUCCGCCUUCCUGGACUGUUCGUAACUUAGUCUCCCCCCUCUCCCCCAGCCACCUUGCAGCAAUAAAGGCCCCUGAACUUGUAUGUUGGUCUCCCGGGAGCUGCUUGCUGAAGAUCCGCGCCCCUGUCGCCGUCUGGUAGGAGCUGUUUGCAGGGUCCUAACUCAAUCGGCUUGUUGUGAUGCGUAUCCCCGUAGAUGCCAGCACGAGCCGCCGCUUCACGCCGCCUUCCACCGCGCUGAGCCCGGGCAAGAUGAGCGAGGCGCUGCCGCUGGGCGCCCCGGACGCCGGCGCCGCCCUAGCCGGCAAGCUGAGGAGCGGCGACCGCAGCAUGGUGGACGUGCUGGCCGACCACCCGGGCGAGCUGGUGCGCACCGACAGCCCCAACUUCCUCUGCUCCGUGCUGCCCACGCACUGGCGCUGCAACAAGACCCUGCCCAUCGCUUUCAAGGUGGUGGCUCUGGGGGACGUUCCGGAUGGCACUCUGGUGACCGUGAUGGCAGGCAAUGAUGAAAACUACUCAGCUGAACUGAGAAAUGCAACUGCGGCCAUGAAAAACCAAGUUGCGAGAUUCAAUGACCUCAGGUUUGUCGGUCGGAGUGGAAGAGGGAAAAGCUUCACUCUGACCAUCACCGUCUUCACAAACCCACCACAAGUCGCCACCUACCACAGAGCCAUCAAAAUCACAGUGGAUGGACCCCGAGAACCUCGAAGACAUCGUCAGAAACUAGAUGAUCAGACCAAGCCUGGGAGCUUGUCCUUUUCCGAGCGGCUCAGUGAACUGGAGCAGCUGCGGCGAACGGCCAUGAGGGUCAGCCCACACCACCCAGCCCCCACACCCAACCCUCGGGCCUCCUUGAACCACUCCACUGCCUUUAACCCUCAGCCUCAGAGUCAGAUGCAGGGCUCUAGCUUCAUCCACCUCGCGAGAACUGAUCAGAUUCGUUCUAAGCCAGUUACGUCAAAGAAAAGAAAGAAGUCGAUCAGUAUGAGAGGAACUGGGGCGAGGACUGUCAGGAGAAGAGUAAGGAUAAGAAGAUACGAGGCAGAUCCAGCCGUCCCCACCGUGGUCCUACGAUCAGUCCUACCAGUACCUGGGAUCCAUCGCCUCUCCCUCCGUCCACCCAGCCACACCUAUCUCGCCUGGGCGGGCCAGCGGCAUGACGACCCUCUCAGCCGAGCUUUCCAGUCGACUUUCAACUGCGCCCGACCUGACGGCCUUUGGCGACCCGCGCCAGUUCCCUGCGCUGCCCUCCAUCUCCGACCCCCGCAUGCACUACCCUGGCGCCUUCACCUACUCCCCAACGCCCGUCACGUCAGGCAUCGGCAUCGGCAUGUCAGCCAUGAGCUCGGCCACGCGCUACCACACGUACCUGCCACCGCCCUACCCCGGCUCGUCGCAGGCACAGGGCGGCCCGUUCCAGGCCAGCUCGCCAUCCUACCACCUGUAUUACGGCGCGUCGGCAGGCUCCUACCAGUUCUCCAUGGUGAGCGGCGAGCGCUCGCCACCACGCAUCCUGCCGCCCUGCACCAACGCGUCCACCGGCUCGGCGCUGCUCAACCCUAGCCUCCCGAACCAGAGCGACGUGGUGGAGGCUGAGGGCAGCCACAGCAACUCCCCCACCAACAUGGCGCCCGCCGCGCGCCUCGAGGAGGCCGUGUGGCGGCCCUACUGAGUGAGGCUGCGCACGCGCGCUCCGUGCGGCCGGACGUCUUCCAGUAAGCGCCCGUCGUGGGCCCAGCAUCGCGUGGUGGAGAAGCCCGCGCGGGCCCCGCGGGGGAUGCUCGCCACCUGCCAAUUGCCACCUGCCAACUGCCUGCGGUCGCCAUCUCUCGCUUCUGAAGUCCGCGCAGUUCGCCGCCGCUGUGGGCCCGUCUCAGAUUUUUUUCUUCUAACCUGACGCAACUUGAGGGUGUCCGGUUCACCGCCCUGUGGGCACUUCGUUAAGGCAAACAGGAAGAUUCCCGGAGGGAAACUGUGAAUGCUUCUGAUUUAGCAAUGCUGUGAAUAAAAGAAAGAUUUUAUAACCUUGACUUCACUUUUUAACCAAGUUGUUUAUUCCAAAGAGUAUGGAACUUGGGGUUUUCUUUGUGGGGGGAGGGCGGGGCAGGCAGAGAUGCAACUCAUUCUGUUUGGCAUCUGAUUCACAUUUUUAAUUUUCUUUUCCAGCACCUUAUAAAUUGCAAAAUGUGUAUUUGCAUUUGGGGUGGUUUUUUUAUUUUUAUAUAUAUAUAUAUAUAUUUGAGCUUUGCUUCUUUCUUGCUUUGACAAAUGAAAGAAAUAUGAUUCCUUUUUCUGUAAGUUUUAUUUAACUUUUCUUUUGGACUUUUGGUGUAGUUGUUUUUUUGAGAAACAGCUGCAGCUUUGGGUCAUUUUCAACUACUGUAUUCCCACAAGGAAUCCCUAGAUAUUUAUGUAUCUUGAUGUUUAGACACUUACUUAAUGUGUUGAUACUUUUUUAUUAUUUAAAUGUGCUUAUAUUAAGAAAAAUAUCAAGUACUACAUUUUUUGUUUUUGAUAGUAGCCAGAAUUAAUUGUAUCACAUUGAAGAAGGUUGGAAAAAAAAAAAAGGAUGGGUAAUGUGAUCACUUGGUUAUCUAAAUAUUGUUUACAUUAAACUCCCUUUAAUGUUAAUCAAACGAGUCGGUAGCUAAUGCAGCCAUGUUUUUAUUAGGCUUUUUAGAUACUGAGGGUCACUCCAAAGAUCUGAAGUAUGGAAUUUUCUGCUAAGCUCAACAAAGGGUCUCAUACCUGACUCCCUCCCUUCAAAUCUGGUUCCAGAGGGUUGGGGUAGAUGCCAAUGAUUGCACCUCUGGAGAGGAUUUAUUUUCUGCCUAGGGGGUUUGCUCACUCCAUGGCCUCUUAAUAAUGUUAGACAUGCUUUGUAACAGAAUGAGUCCAAAGUAAGCUGUGUGGAGGAAUGGUAUCCACAUGGAAACCAAAUGAAUGAAUUUAGGGGUUCCUUAAAUGCUCCAUUCUGGGGUAGGAAGGAGUCAUCUGAACCCAGAGUUCAGAUGUUUGUUUAGCUCCAAGGAGAUAUUCCUCUUUGAUACUAUACCUGUUGGUUGAUGCAGAAGAAAGCCUGUGGCUGUCCCCCAAGGCUGGGAGUGGAAGGGACCAGAUGCCUUUGACAGCCGAGGUGUCCAGGUCAGUUUUCAUAGGGUGGGCCCAGAAGCAGGCCCGAACAAGCCCAGUUCCCUCCACCUGCCUCAGUGAAGUCAUGUGGGGAGGGUGCCAUCCCACCUGUGCAGGACCCAUCCCAUGCUGCUUCCCCACCUAGCUUUGUGUUGCUCUCACCAGGCCGAGACCCUACCCUGUAGGGUGUGUGCACUUUGGCGGUGCAUCAGCGUGACAGGAAAAGAUUCAUGUCACUGCCCAUGGCUACAAUUCAAACAUAUCCAAUGUCACUGUAAAUUUUAUGGCACUAUUUUUAUUGGAGGAUUUGGUCACAAGGCAGUUGUUGUACAACUCAUAAAUACUAACUGCUGAUUUUAACAUAUGUGUGCUCAAAAUGAUCUGGUGGUUAUUUAAUGUACCUCUUAAAUUAGUUGAAAUGAUUUCAGGUCAACUCUGAAGAGUUAUUUGAAAGCAGGACUUCAGAACAGUGUUUGAUUUUUUAUUUUAUAAAUUUAAGGAUUCAAAUUAGAAAGAUCUUUGGCUGCAGGCAGCAAAACAGCUGGUCUUAUUUAAAACAACUUGUUUUUGAGUUUUCUUUUAUAUAUAUAUAUAUGUAUUGAUUAUUUGUUUUACACAGAUGCAGUAGCACUUUGGUAAGAAUUAAAGAGUAAAGCAGUUUGUGUUAUCAGAUCGUUCUUAUCUAGAAAAGAGCUAAAGCAGAUCUUAGAGAAACUCAGAAUAUUCUAUUUAUUUUCAUUUUAGACAUAAUUCUCCCUCCAUAAAUCAUUUUCAUGUUUUAUUCUGUGUACCUUUUUUUUGCAGCAAAAUUACUCUUAAAUGUCAGUAGAUUUCAAUUAUUUUUAUAUCUGAAAAGGACCAUUAGCCCAUUCACUCCAAACUGAACUUGUGUUCUUUUCAGCACAUUGCCUUAUCUGACCUGACAAAAUGUUGAUUAAAAAAUGAAGGAAAAGUAUAUUUUUCAGUUUAGUUCUGGUACCUGAAGAUAUUCCAACUCAAAAUCAAUGUAAUGCCCUACAAGGGAAAUCAUAUAAAUCUCUCACAUUGAAUCUUCACUUUCAAAGCCAUGUGUGAGGAGAGCUUGUCACUUUGUUGUAGACCCACGGGUUUGGCUAUUCAGAGAUUCACAGACCAUUACCGGCAUAUAUAGUACUUAAUCUCUCCAGAAAGAAAAACUUAAACUUUAGUUGUUUUAGAGAUAAGCCUCAUACUUAAAGCAUUCCCCCCAUCCCCGCCCCCUGAGGAAUUCCAUUCUACUGCCUUCAGGUAAAUUAAGGUGGUCCUUUCAUCAAGUAGACCCUUAAGCCAAUAAAGUAAUAACGAUGUAUCUGGGAGCAUUGGUCCAGAAGAAGAAAGAUUAAAUAAGCCAUCUCUACUGCUUGUAAAUGCCCUUAUUUAUAAGUUCAACAUUGACACAUAUUUCUGUUCUUUUUGUUUUUCUAACUCUCUAAAAAUACUUACAUUUUUCCUCCUCUCUGCCCCCACUAAACAUCUCCGUCUUUCUCCUUGUACCUCCUCUGUUCUCCAACUUUAUAUAGGGAAACAGCACGCACACCCAUCCUGAGACCAAACAGGACUGGAGGAGCUGCACUUUCCCUCCCUUUACAUAAAAGAGCAUAGUGAGUCAGCCUUUCUCCUGCGUAUGGGUUUCUUCCAGCAGAACAGAGACCUUGCCAACAUUUUGGAUCUACUUGCUGUCCGAGUGCAGCAAUAGAAGCCUUCCUGGGCAAAUUACAAUCAGUGAGUUAAGGGACAGACUUUCUGCUGCCUAGGGUUUCUGUGCAGAUAAACAGAGAUGCUCUGAUUAGAAAGGAAAUGAAUGGUUUCACUCAAAUGUCCUGCAAUUUAGGAUUGCCAAUUUCUCUCUUGAAAUACCUGUUUCCUUGGGACAUUCCGUCCUGGUAAUUUUUGUUUUUUGAUGUUUUUUGUUUUCUGGGGGAUGACAUGUUUGGAGUCUUUUAUACAUGAAAACUCGGUUUAACAAUGAUAUCAGAAAAUAUUUUUCACGUUUGAACAAAAUGCUUUUUUGUUUACCUGCAGUAUACAAUCUUUUGGGAUUUUUUGUGUGUGUGUGUCUAUUUCUUUCUUUGGGGUUUUCCCCUCCCUUUAGCCAGAUCAGUAUUGACGCUGAUCAUUUGGCUUUUUUUUUUUUUCCCUUCCAGAAGAGUUGCAUCAACAAAGUUAAUUGUAUUUAUGUAUGUAAAUAGAUUUUAAGCUUUCAUUAUAAAAUAUUGUUAAUACCUGUAAUAAUUUUUUUCCAAUUUUGUGUGUGUGUUUCUAAGAACAUUUUCUUAUGUUUGCUAAAUACUGUAGACAAAAAAAAAAAAAUGCUUCUUUCUUUUAGACUUAAAAACGAGCUACUUUUUAUUCACUUUUGUAAAGAGCUAAUAGCAUGGUUCCAAUUUUUUUUAAGAAUUUCAUUUUCUGUUAUGGGUAAAUGAAUGUGCAAAAAAAAAAAAAACUUGGUUAUUUGUGAUAUUCUGGAUGUAUAAAAAUCAAUGGAAAAAAAAUAAACUUCCAAAUUGAAAUGACA